AUGAUUGGCACAAAUAGUUAUGGAGAGGUGGAGAUUAAUCUUGCAGAGCUUCCUUCAAAUCCUGGGCUACGAACUCCAAUUUUAGAAUAUGAUCUUAAUGUUAGAGACCAAAUUCGGAGAGCAUACCUACAAAAAAUUAAUGUUAUUACGAAAGAUAUUGGAGAUAAAUGUUUUUCUGUUCUUGUUGACGAAUCUCGUGAUGUGUCAAUGAAUGAGAAAAUAGUUGUUGUACUACGCUAUGUUGAUAAAAAUGGUCUAGUGAUUGAACGUUUUAUUGGGGUGGAACAUGUUACUAGUACUACGAGUCUUUCACUUAAAGACACGAUUGACAAAAUGAUGAACGAUAGUGGAUCAGAUUCUUUUCUAGCUCAGGUUUCUUUGUUUUGUGAGAUACAUGAAUUGGAAGUUCCUAAAAUGGACGGGAUCUUUAAAGCUUCAGGUAAAUCACGCCACAAAUCUCAUGAAAUGACAAACUUGUAUUAUUUUCGAGUUGAUUUGUUUUACUCUGUCAUUGAUCAGCAACUUCAAGAGCUCAAUGAUCGUUUUAAUAAGAGACCUCCACAGCUAAUAAUUCCACUCUCAGAGCAUUACAUAGGUCGUGUCACUUGGCGCGGCAGAAGUUAUUACAACUUGAAGAUUAAGGCCAAAUUUGAGAAAUUUAGAUUAUGGGAUAGGGUGAAGGAAUUCUCUUUCAAAUAG